GAGCCGUGACGAUCGAAUUGAAUAUUCAAUAUAAAGCCGCCACACAUGCAAAUAUGCAAUGCACUCGGCCACUCCCCGCGAAUGCGUCAGGCGUGAGCCUGGACGCGAACGCUGGACCGGGUGGGUGGAUAACGAAAGCUCCGUCGCUGUCACCACCACUCACACAGGCACUCACCACGUAACGAGACCGGUACCAAACCGCCAGCCGAACCUGCUGUCCUGCUGCUCCUGUCACAAUCGUCCUAGCAACUACGGCAGGGCAUGAGCAACACUACUGGUCAGCUUGAGACGGAGCAAAACCGAACUCCUCAAGAUCUCGCUGUCGCCAUCGACACUGACAGCGUGACGAAAUGGCCUGCGUCAUCGCUGAUCACGCGAAUGCGGAAUGACAUGUCCCUAUAAAACCAGCAGCACCACUCGUGCUGUCGUGCAGUGCAGCACUUGCCCGGACCGGCGCGACCACCAAGAGUCCAACCGAGAUCAACAUCAACCUACUAGCAAAGCAGCCAGACUGACACCGACCGAUCCACAGGAACAAGGCAGACACAUCGCGAGGAAGAAAUGGGCGCCGCGUGCGUCUCCUUCUCGCGCUCGCCGCAGGCGUCGCCGGCUGCAGAGCCGUCCCAGCGAGCGGCGGCGGCCACGGUCAAGGUUGUGAACCUGGACGGCUCCAUGGCGCGCCUCGCGGUCGCAGGGACGGUCGUCACGGCGCGCGAGGCGCUGGCAGCGGGCGGCCGCCGCCACCGGACGCUGCCGCCGCCGCCGCUCUUCCUCUGCAGCGCCGACGAGCUGGGCUUCGACGCGCCCCCGCGCGCGCUGGCCGCGGACGAGGCGCUCCAGCCGGGGCAGCUCUACCUCGUGCUGCCCGACUCCGCGCUGCGCCGGCCGCUGACCGCCAAGGACAUGGCCGCGCUCGCCGUUAAGGCCGCCACGGCGCUCGCGGCCGAGGCGGGUCUCGCCGCCGGCCUGUCGCCGGGGCGCGACAGCCGAGGCGGGACGCCGGCGGGCAAGAGGCCGCGGCGGCAGUCGGCAGCGCGAGUGGCUCCUCUUCUAGUCGCCGUGAGCAAGGAGAGCAGCCCGCCUCCGCCUGGCGAUGGUGCUGCUCGGAAGAACGACGUGCACCGUGGGUACGCAGCGCGUCCUGCGGGUCAAGACGGUGGACGCGCAGCGGGGAAGACGAGGAAGGGAGCUAGCUACAGAGCCCGCGGUUCUCGCCAUCGUGCCGUCGUGCAGAGGCUAAGCGCUAUCUCGGAGGACGGCGAGUGAUCCGUAUAUCGGGCUAUCGGCUCAGCUGUCCUUAUCCUCGCUGCUGCAGGGUCGGCGCGAUAAACGAUGAAUCAAGUUUUGAUCAAGGGCCGGAUAACACGAUGAUUCGAUGAAUCGCUGCAGAAUCAACUCCCGGUUUCUAAGCCGUGAGUGCGAAUUCGGUAAAGGCCUACCUAGUCGAAUCAUAUAGCUGGAACUAAAAGAGAUUCCAAUUGCUGAUUAAACAUGUUGAGUUUGUGAUCCAAAUUCUGAAGAAGGCGACCAAGUUGGCGAGCGAAGCGGAGGCCCGUCGCUUUAAAGCAAGGCUAGUUGCAAAAGGUUUUAGUCAGAUUCCAUGAAUUGAUUACUCUGAUGUCUAUUCUCCUGUUGUCAAGCAUAGUUCAAUUCGUACCUUUCUUAGUCUUGUUGCUGUACAUGACUAUGAGCUUGAACAGUUAGAUGUGAAAACUGCUUUCUUACAUGGUGAUUUGGAGGAGGACAUUUAUAUGGACCAGCCAGAGGGGUUCAUUGUU